AUGCCGACACAAGCCCGCUGUGACCGAGUACCCCCACCUCACGCCAAGUGGGACGCUCUUGACCUUAGAGUAUUACAAGAAGAUGAUCUACCAUUAGACCCUAGAACGUGGGGCCGCCCAGAAGUCGGUACCUGGGUCUCCCGGCGAGGUGGCCUACCUGAACGAUUCCCUAUGAACGGAAAAGCACUCUGCCUUAUGUCCAAAGACAUGUUCGCCUCCAGAGUACCUUUGAAUGGACAUAUUUUAUACCAGGACUUCAGAAGACGUUUAAGCAAAGCUUUGGCACUGCAAGAACUUAUUGAAAAGAUUUCUACGAAUUGA